UGUAUUAGGGAUGACAACUGCAGUAUGAGUAUGGUUCUAUUAAAACUUUUAAUAAUUGGUUUAAGCAUAAAUGUUCAUUAUUCUAAAGGAGAAGUAGCUAACGCAAUCGUUACUAGAAACAGUUAUACAUGGAGAGAGGCAAAACACAACUGCACUAUGAUUGGACAAGAACACAACGUAAAUAUAUCAAGAGGCAUUGGCGAAGAAUUGUGGAUAGAUGCUAAAGUAACUUAUUCUCCCUGGAUAGAAUAUUUAGGGUGUUUCCAAGUUAAAGAUGAUAUUGCUGGAAAUCCCGAACAUGUAACAUCAGGACAGCAGAUAAAAGAGUGUCUGCAUCUUUGUACUACAUAUGAUGUCAUCGGUCUUCAGCAAGGACGAUGUGUUUGUCUACAGCAGCGUGAAUAUCUUCCUUCAAAUAAUGGUGAUUAUAAUCCUGAUUGCAAGGCAAAGCAAUGCGAGAAUGAUGACAAUGGAUUAUGUGUAGAUACCAAUGAUUUUGAUAUGUAUGCCGUGUACAGAAAACAAGUCUUUUCUAGAAAUGUCAUAAGUGCUGGGAAUUGUCUAUCAGUAGUUGAGAAUGAUAUCGGUGGACAAGGAGUAAAAUCGUACGAGGCCAUCCCUUGCGACCAUCAUUUGUUUCGUGUAUGUCAAACAGGUCACACUUUUCCAACAGCAGGAAAUACAAAAUAUGUAUGGUCAAAGGCCUUUGGUACUUGUUCUAGCGGAACACUAGCACGAUAUUCAAUGGUUCUAAAUCAGACAAUACAUUUAAGAUCAAGUGAACAUUAUUGGCUUGCAAAUAUUAGAAGACCAACUUUUCACGUUUACUCAGACCCUGAACCAGAAUCAAAAUAUUGUGGUUCUGCAAGGAUCAGUAGCAAUGGUAGACUGAUAAGAUCUGUGGCACAAUGCGACAAACGUUUACCAGCACUUUGUUUGGCUCGACCUAAAUUUGUUUUAAAUCCUGAUACAGAUAAUCCUGGCUUGAAUGUUGUUGUUAUAGUAGUAGUUGUGUUAGUAGUUUCUGUCUUUCUAGCUGUAUUCAUAGUUGUAAUUGUUUGGGGUGUGAGAUUGAAAAAGAAACAGUUAAGUCUAUACCAACAUCACAAUACUUCCGAAGAUGGCCACGUGUAUACUGAAAUCAACGAAGCUGCCGAAUGUUCGAAUCGACCACAUCAAAGAGCUAAUGAACAGUUUACGUAUGAUCACCUUAAUCAUUCCCAAAAGGUUACUAAUAAACCAUCCGGAAAUAUUUAUAACACCACAACUGAUGUACCUGCGAGAUAUUACGACAAGUCAUCAACAGUUAAAUCUAGUUAUGAUAAAAUGAAUAUCUCCCAAAAAAACAUGCAUGGACAUUUCCAAAAUCAACCGCCGAAUGAAUAUGACACUGUGCGACUUAUUGAAAAGUAUGACGAAGAUAACUAUCAUCAUCUUGAUAGAAAUAAUGGGGAGGUAACCACGAACGUUGCUACUGGUUACAGUGAGACCAGCUUUGUUAACUAAUUUCAAAUACUGUUAGCUUACUUGUUAUUUAAAUCUUAUAUACAUGAGUCAAUACCA